AUGUUCGCCAAACUCUUCAGAUCGUCUUCGAAAGAUUGUCUUCAAUCGGACGACCCAUUAACUCCUAGCCAGCAAUUGCGCGAAGAAAGUAGGAGAACUAGAAGUAUGGUUACUACGCGGGGUAGAGCUCGAGAAUUAGCAGAUAGUCCUUCCGUGAAUGGAGAUUCUAUAAUCAUUGAUGAGGGUACUCCAGUUCCAAAAAGGAGAGGACGGCCGCGCAAGUCCCUUCCUGUUGAAGAUGAUGAGGUUGCAGUUACACCGCGACCUACGAGGAGCUCAAAGAAAUUGCCGGUACAGGCUAGCGAUGGAGAAGUAGUACAGGCAAGCGACGGAGAAGCAGUACAGGCUAGCGAUGGAGAAGCAGUACAGGCAAGCGUUGGAGAAGCAGUACAGGCAAGCGCUAGAGAAGAUACGCCAAAGCAAUCGCCGCAAGUGAUUGAAGAUAUAUCUGCUUCUACUGAGGAAUCUGAAAUACCGCAAGUUAUUGAGGCAGAGGAGGAGGUAGUAAAGACAACAACAGCCAGUGGAGAUAUAUCCACCUUAUCGACCACGACUGCUGCAGUGACAAUGCCAGUUGCAAAGAAGCACAAGCGAUUCGAUAGUGCGGAGCCUGAGCCAGUACCAGAGGAGAAAUCUGAAAUAAUUGAAAUCAAGGAUGAUGGGGACGAGAGUAGCGAUGACGAUGCACCAGAGGAGGUCACAAAAAAUCAGGCUGCAGAAUCUGCCAAAGAAAAGGAAAGAGAAGCUGCAAGAGCAAUUGAGGAACAAGAAGCUGCUGCAAAAAAGAAGCGUCAGGAAAAAAACGCCAAUCUUCAACGACAAUCAGAAAUCUCGAGCAAGAAACGCAAGCUCGAUGUCCCACCCGGACAAGAUGAAAUGUUACCUCCUGCUCAAAAAUCGAAGGUUGAGGUCACAUCAGCACCAGCCAUAAUUGAAAGAGGGGAUAUCGAGAUGGACGAGGAAUCAAACACUUUAGAGGGGGAUGGAACGGCAGAUGGACGAUUAGACUCUGAGGAUAUUGAAGACAUCAAUAGGACCUUCGCUCCUCCCGGACAUUUACCUCUUCCAGAUCUUCUGCCAGCCGAAUAUUUAGAAGACAAUGAUGAUGAUACCCCAGAAUCUGGCAAUUUCCAUUCAAGUCUGCCUACAAGAUUUGUCAAAACGAACAAAUUACGCCACCUCUUAGAAAAGAGACCGAAAGAUAAACGAGUUGGCUCAACCACAUUCAGAGUCGCGGAAAGUCGAAACACACAUUUACCUCCUAAAGCAUCAAAUCAAGCGCGCUCGCUAAAGGAAUCGUGGUUACAAGGACGGGCAGGAACUAAGAUCAAGGCAAAUCGGAAGCCUUUCAAUCAAGGUUUUAUCAAGCCUAAGAAAUAA